CUGGUUUAGUGGGUUGUCUGGUCCGGUCCGGUCCUCUGGCCUCCCUCUCUCAAUCCUUAAUUACGCCUCAAGAUUUCAUCUUUAACUCACCGCCAUAACUCACUCACUACCCCCAAAUCAUGCCCAUAUAUAUAUAUAUACACUCUUUUGAUGCUUUUCCUUUCGGCCGUUUCCCUUUUGAUCGUAGGAGAGAGAACGGUUCAUUGGUUUUCAUUCAUCAGACGAAUGUAACACCCAGGUCCGCGGAGGAGCCCAAACUGCCUAUAUAGCGGUGUCGUUUUGAUGAGUGAUUAUCUCUGUCUUUUUCCCUCUCCUUUUACCCGUCAGUUUUCUUCUCACCAUCUCAUCCACAUUCAAACCACUCCAUUUCAGUUUUUCUCUCCAUAACGGCCUUUGCCCUUGCCUUUGCCUUUACCGUGCAACACUCCCUCACAAGCUCUCUCUCUCGCUCCUCUAGUUUCUCCGUAAGUUUCCACGCCGCACCAACACGCACCCAACCAAACCACAACCAACCCAAGUCAGCAAUCUCUGCUCAGCCACUGUAGCCCAGCCCUGUAAACACCGUGAAAGAGGCCACCUGCACCCUUCGCCCUUGUCACACGGAAACAUAGCAAGCCGCUUCAUCUCGAGACGACCCAACUGCCGUUGUCCGUCCUUCACAAGUAGAACCUCCACACCGUGAGCCCUUCCUCCCCAUAAAACCGACGUCUCAGCUCGACCACGAGCCACCUAGCCACAAGCCACCAAGCACGUUUAUGCAGCCCUACACCACCUUCGGCCAGCCACCAGCAAUAUCCAACAGCAUUGCUCUGUUUGCACCACACCUAAACAGGGGAUUUAUUUUCCCCACCGUGAGCCACAAACCAGCCACAGCACGUAAUCAGUCCCCUCCACGUCGCUGCAACCUCCAGUCCGCUGCCUUUCUCUCGGUAAUCGCUCUCUUUCUCUCUCUCCCACUGUUACUCAGCCACGAAGAAUCGACGGCAGUUUCGUAUUGAGCAACUGAACUCCGUCCAGCCACUUUCUGGCCGCUCAGCUCCGUUGCGCCACUCCCAUUCGGGUCUCUGCUCUUGGAUUUCUUCCUUUGUGACGAUUGAUAUUCCCUUAGCAUGAUUGUGAGGAAAUUCAGAGAAAAUAAAAAGUACAGUACCGUGGGAAGACGCCGAGGGAGUUGUAUUAGUGGUGGUGGUGGAGAGAGAGAGAGAGAAAGAGAGAGGGGGGGGAGAAUAUGGAGUACAGCGGUGGAGAAGGCGGAGAAGACCACAAUGCCUCCUCCGACCCUCAAGGGAGGAAGAAGCGCUACCAUCGUCACACAAUGCACCAGAUUCAGAGGCUCGAAGCAAUAUUCAAGGAGUGCCCUCACCCGGAUGAGAAGCAGAGGUCACUGUUAAGUCGGGAGUUGGGAUUGGCUCCUCGCCAGAUCAAAUUUUGGUUCCAAAACCGGAGGACCCAGAUGAAGGCCCAACAUGAAAGAGCUGAUAAUUGUGCGCUCCGAGCAGAGAACGACAAGAUCCGUUGCGAGAACAUAGCAAUCCGAGAGGCACUUAGAAAUGUCAUAUGUCCGUCUUGUGGGGGCCCUCCAGUCAACGAAGAUUCCUACUUCGAUAAGCAAAAAUUUCGAAUAGAGAAUGCCCAUUUGAAAGAAGAGCUUGAUAGAGUAUCUAGCAUUGCAACCAAGUACAUUGGGAGGCCAAUUUCUCAACUCCCACCAAUGCAGCCAAUUCAUGUUUCUUCACUAGAUUUGUCAAUGGGAAGUUUUGGAGGUCGAGGGAUUGGUGGUCCUUCCCUUGAUAUCGAUCUUCUUCCCGGAAGUUCCUCGACAGUACCAAGUUUGCCUUUCCAACCACGCCUUUCGGACUUGGACAGGUCCCUCAUGACAGAUAUUGCUGCUCAUGCCAUGGAAGAAUUGUUAAGGCUUGUGCAGACUAACGAACCCUUGUGGAUGAAAUCAAAAACUGAUGGGAGGGAUAUUCUUAAUCUUGAAAGCUAUGAAAGGAUUUUUCCAAUGGCUAAUACUAACUUGAAAAACCCCCAUUUGAGGAUUGAGGCGUCUAGAGAUUCUGGAGUUGUGAUCAUGAAUGGUUUAGCAUUGGUUGAUAUGUUUAUGGACUCACACAAGUGGGUGGAACUGUUUCCCGCAAUAGUCUCAGUGGGAAAGACAAUUGAAGUGAUAUCAUCUGAAAUGUUGGGUAGUCAUAGUGGCUCUUUGCAACUGAUGUACAAAGAUUUGCAGGUGCUUUCACCACUAGUAUCUACUCGUGAGUUCUAUUUCCUCCGUUAUUGUCAGCAAAUUGAACAAGGGUUGUGGGCAAUUGUAGAUGUUUCUUAUGAUUUCCCCCGUGAGAACCAAUUUUCUCCUCAAUGUCGCCAACUUCCCUCCGGAUGCUUGAUUCAAGACAUGCCUAAUGGGUACUCUCAGGUUACUUGGGUAGAGCAUGUGGAAAUUGAAGACAAAACCCCAACUCAUCGGCUUUAUAGAGAUCUUGUUCACAGUGGGUUGGCAUUUGGAGCAGAAAGAUGGCUUGCUAUUCUUUGUAGGAUGUGUGAAAGAUUUGCUUGUCUUAUGGUGACAGGCACUUCAACUACACGGGAUCUUGAGGGAGUGAUUCCAUCAAUUGAUGGUAAAAGAAGCAUGAUGAAGCUUGCCCAAAGAAUGGUCAACAAUUUCUGUACAAGCAUUAGCACUUCUAACAGCCACCGGUGGACAACCCUUUCUGGGAUGAAUGAGGUUGGAAUUCGAGUGACUGUCCAUAAGAGCACUGAUCCUGGCCAACCCAAUGGAGUGGUUCUCAAUGCAGCUACUACAAUUUGGCUUCCAGUUUCACCACACAAUGUCUUCAAUUUCUUCAAGGAUGAAAGAACCCGAGCCCAGUGGGAUGUUCUCUCCAAUGGCAAUGGCAUGCAAGAGGUUGCCCAUAUAGCAAAUGGGUCACAUCCAGGGAACUGUAUAUCUGUGCUUCGAGCUUUCAACACUAGCCAAAACAACAUGUUGAUACUUCAAGAGAGCUGCAUAGACUCAUCAGGUGCACUAGUGGUGUACUGCCCAGUUGAUCUUCCUGCAAUAAACAUAGCAAUGAGCGGCGAAGAUCCAUCCUACAUUCCUCUUCUACCAUCAGGGUUCACCAUUUCACCCGACGGCCGUCCCAACCUGCUGUCGAGAGAUGGCGCAUCGACAAGUUCCAGCUCGCAGCAAGGCGGGAGCAUGAUGAGUAGGUUUGGGGGUUCACUGAUUACAGUGGCGUUUCAAAUACUAGUGAGCAACCUGCCUUCUGCUAAGCUGAACUUGGAGUCGGUGACUACUGUUAAUAACCUUAUCGACACCACUAUCCAGCAAAUAAGAGCUGCCUUGAAUUGUCCUAGUUCCUGAUGAAUCUGCUUAAUCUGCUACACAACUGUUCUUUUUUGGCUCUUACCAUGCUUUUAAUAUACCGAGCAUAAAGGUUCAGAGUC